AUGAUAUUAACCAACGCUUUGUAUCUCGUAUCAGGCCAUGCAGCCCAAGCUAACAUCCAAACCACAGGAAAGGACAAUGCCACCCGUCAAUCUCAAGCUCACCUCGGCAGUAAUGGCGACCUGAACGGUGGUCAGCGGUUCGAUCUCGACAGUCUCGCAUCUGCUCUGGAGGAAACUUGCGCCGUGAACACCCCAGAGUCAGAGGAUGACUUGGAGGCCCGUCAACGUGUCAACCACAGUGUCAUCCUCCUGCCCCCAUCCCCCGUCACUCACGCCCAGGUCGCCGCUGCUGUCCGAGGUGGAUCAUUGCUCCAAAUCUUUCUCCAGCGAAACAACAACCAGGUCAACGUUACUUUCGCCCGGUCUGAGGAUGCCGCUGCUUUCGUCGCCCAUGCCCAGUCUGCGCCCUUCUACGUUGCCGGUCUUUUGACUACCGUCGAAUGGGCUCCACGCGGCUACGUCGCCCCUACAUACGUCUACCAACAAGUCCAGGACGGAGGCGUAAGCCGCAACCUGGUCAUUGAGAAAGUCGAUUCCAAGGUCACCGAGGCCAUUAUCCGUCGGGAUUUGGCGCAUAUCCACAAUCUGGCCGUUAUCUCUGUUUGUUUCGAGAAUGGCAAUGCAUACAUCUCGACAAGCUCGGCGGGUGGUGCGCUGUACGCUCGCACUUGCAUGAAGUCCCGCGCCUUUUACAAAGACAUGAGGAUUUCUUUCUACGAGGAUGAAUGUGCGAAACCUCUCCCAAGAGUCCGUCGUUCUGCUGUGGGGGGCACUGCCAAGGCUUCGAAGAAGAACAAGGAGGAGCAAGGCCCAGCUUACAAUCCGUUUGAACUUCUUUCCCAGCAUGAGUUUGAUUUUGAUGAGGAGUAUUAUGAGGAGGAGGAGGAGGAGGAGCACGAGGAGUGA